CUAUUUACGCUAAGCUAGGUACACUAGUCUGAAGUAAACUGCAGUUACUGUCGUUAAAGUGCUUCAGUUCGCUCGAUUUCGCAUUGCGUCCAAAGAAAAUCAGAAAAAUGUCGAAGAGGAAUCAAGGGGACGAAUAUAGAAAAGGGUCAAGUGUGUACAGAGCAGAGGACUCCAGGGGAGAUGACAGAGGAAGGGAUCGUUCACCGAUUAGAUCAGAUGACCGUUGUGAGGCGGGUAAUUACAACCAAAGUGAUACCAAGAAACAGAAGCUGGCAUUUGGAUUUGGGAAGAAAAGUGGAACAGAACAAAAGAAGGGUAUUCAGAUAAAGCUAGGCUCUACAUCAAAACCCACUGUAAAGGCAACACCAAUCCAGAGGCCAACAGUAGCUUCUGUAUUCAAUGCAGAUGAAGAAGAUGAACCCGAGGAAAUGCCAGCAGAAGCAAGGAUGAGGAUGAGAAAUAUUGGAAGAGAAACACCAACCUCUGCUGGUCCAAAUUCAUUUGGGAAAACAAAGCAAGGAUUUUGCGAUUCUAAAAAGAUAUUUGAAAAGACGCUCAAAAAAGCAAUGGAGGAAGCAAAUAAAUGAUUCCUCCCCUGAUGUACUGGGCAAUUAUUCUUAAUUGUAUAUUAAUUUUACAAAAAAGAUGCAACAAUAGCGAAAUUCUUUCUGCAGUUAUAUGCAAAAUAUUUUUAUCAAUUUUAUGCAUUAUUAGCAGGCAUUAGAUACAAAGUUUCACUUCAUAUUUAACAUCACAUUUUGGAAACUAAACAUUAGGUACUGUUUAGUAUUAGCUAAUAUUAAGACUGCACUUCAAAGUGUAUUAUUUCUUUGUGUAUCUCAUGUGGGACUAUGCAAAUACAUUUAACUUGUAUAAUUUUUACGUUGUUCAUUACUACUAUAUUAAUUUUGAAUCAUGUAAUAAAUUUUUAAAGUGACUUGUUUAGGAAUGAUAGGAAGUUUAAAAUAAUUUAUCUGGUAACUUGUAGAAUAAAUGAUAUAAAUAAAAAACAGUUACUAUCGA